AUGUCUGACAAGCUUACUCGUAUUGCCAUUGUCAACAGCGACAAGUGCAAACCGAAGAAAUGUCGUCAGGAGUGCAAGAAGUCUUGCCCCGUGGUCCGCACGGGUAAGCUUUGCAUUGAAGUGGCCUCCGAUUCGAAGAUCGCCUUCAUUUCCGAGAGCCUUUGCAUCGGUUGUGGUAUUUGCCCCAAGAAGUGUCCUUUCGGCGCCAUCAAUAUUAUCAACCUGCCCACCAACCUGGAGAGCCAGGUCACCCACCGUUACUCCGCCAACAGCUUCAAGCUUCACCGUCUGCCCAUGCCCCGUCCCGGUCAGGUCCUCGGUCUCGUUGGAACAAACGGUAUCGGAAAGAGUACCGCGCUGAAGAUUCUGAGUGGCAAGCUGAAGCCUAACCUGGGCCGCUACGAUAACCCUCCUGACUGGGAGGAGAUUCUGAAGUAUUUCCGUGGUUCCGAGCUGCAGAACUACUUCACCAAGGUCCUGGAAGACAACCUGAAGGCUGUUGUCAAGCCUCAGUAUGUCGAUCAGAUUCCCCGCGCCGUCAAGGGUCCCGUCCAGGGCGUCAAGGAUCUCAUCAAGGCUCGUGACCAGCUGGACAACAUGCAGGAGAUCAUGGAUGUUGCGGACCGUGACAUUGGUCACCUGUCUGGUGGUGAGCUGCAGCGUUUCGCCAUUGGCCUGGUCUGUGUCCAGAAGGCCGAUGUGUACAUGUUUGACGAGCCCUCGUCUUAUCUUGAUGUCAAGCAGCGUCUGGCUGCUGCCCGUACCAUCCGUGGCCUUCUCCGUCCCGAUGACUACGUCAUUGUCGUCGAGCACGAUCUUUCGGUUCUUGAUUAUCUUUCCGAUUUCAUCUGCGUUCUCUACGGUCGCCCUGCUGUCUACGGUGUUGUUACCCUCCCUUCGUCCGUUCGCGAGGGUAUCAACAUCUUCCUCGACGGUCAUAUCCCGACCGAGAACUUGCGUUUCCGUGAGGAGUCUCUGACUUUCCGCCUCAGUGAGGCUGGUGACGACUUCAUUGCAGACAAGGCACACGCAUAUGGCUAUCCCGCCAUGGAGAAGACCCUCGGCAACUUCCACCUCAAGAUUGAAGCCGGUCAAUUCACUGACUCCGAGAUUAUCGUGAUGAUGGGUGAGAACGGAACCGGAAAGACCACCUUCUGUAAGAUGCUGGCUGGUGCCGAGAAGCCCGAUGGUAACCGUUCAGUCCCCAAGAUGAACAUCAGCAUGAAGCCUCAGAAGAUUACCCCCAAGUUCCAGGGUACUGUCCGCCAGCUCUUCUUCAAGCGUAUCAAGGCUGCAUUCCUUUCCCCACAAUUCCAGACCGAUGUCUACAAGCCGCUCAAGCUUGAUGACUUCAUCGACCAGGAGGUUCAGAACCUGUCUGGUGGUGAGUUGCAACGUGUUGCCAUCGUCCUUGCCCUUGGUAUCCCUGCCGAUAUCUACCUGAUUGACGAGCCCAGUGCCUACCUGGACUCCGAGCAGCGUAUCGUUGCUGCCCGCGUUAUCAAGCGUUUCAUCAUGCACACUAAGAAGACUGCCUUCAUCGUCGAGCACGAUUUCAUUAUGGCCACCUACCUGGCUGACCGCGUUAUCGUCUUCGACGGAAAGCCUUCCGUGGACGCUCACGCCAACACUCCUGAGUCUCUGGUCACUGGUUGCAACAAGUUCCUGCGGAAUCUGGAUGUCACUUUCCGUCGUGACCCCAACAGCUACCGCCCUCGUAUCAACAAGUACAACAGUCAGAUGGACCAGGAGCAGAAGUUGGCUGGCAACUACUACUUCUUGGAAGAAGAGAACUGA